AUUUCUCUCAUAAUUUUGCCUUCGUCUUCUCAGCACCAAUCUCUCAAUUAAUUAUUUCGAUAAAUACACAUUUUCUGAAUUACAUUGAGCGUUUCAACUUUGAGUUGUAGUGAAUUAAUUUGAUCGAAUGGAGAGGGAUUUCAUGGGGUUGACGGUAAAACAAGAAGUCCUUGAAGAACCGGCCACGGAUCCAGCUGGAUCAACAAGUUCGGUAAUGCAUUGGUCAUAUUCUAACAAGGCUCAUCCUCAAUACCACCUUUCUUUCAAGGACCAAGAGAAUAUUAUUAAUAUUAAUAAUAAUAAUAAGCCUAAGAUUGGUUUCGAAUCUCUUGCAUCAGCUGGAUUAGUGACCAUAACCACAACUACUAAACUUGUUGACACAAUUCAUAGACCAUACACUACUCAAAUUGGUGCACAUCAUGUCCCAACACGCAAUGGUGUUGUGGGCACCACUGAAUUGAGGGGUGCACCUAGACCAUCACCAGGACCUGCUCAAUUGACCAUGUUUUAUGCUGGUUCUGUCUGUGUUUACGAUAAUAUUUCACCAGAGAAGGCUCAAGCUAUUAUGUUACUUGCUGGAAAUGCACCAAUUAGUACAACAAUUCGAAAUUCUCCUUCUCUUGAUCAUAAUAAUAAUAAUAAUAAUAAUACGAAUGAAACAACAAUUAUCAGAUCAAUCGGAGUCCUAAAAUCCCCUGAGCUAUCGAAAAUCGUUACUUCUCAAGAAUCUCGUCAACCUCUCAAUCAUAACUUAUCAGCUGUUCCUCAGGCUCGCAAGGCAUCCUUGGCUAGGUUCUUGGAGAGACGCAAGGAAAGGGUAGUGAGUGCAUCACCAUAUGGAAAUGGCAAGCAAAGUUCACAACAUAUGAUGAACUUUACAAUAAACUCCUCAGGCUCAAGUACUCCACUUCCUGCUACAAAUUAGUGUAUGAAUUAUUGAAGACCAUGCAUGACAAAAUAGUUAAUGUUGAAGAUUGUAGUAAUAUUACAUUGUAAUUCUCUUUUAUUUUUUUACCUUCAUGUAUACUUUAUUAAUUAUCUCUUAGAUGUGACAUUGAUUAUUAAUUAUUAUAGAUAUUUUUGUCCUUGUAAUUGUGAUAGGUAGGAAGCCAAUUUCAUCCGAAAAUACUAUAGGUGUUUAAAGAAGUUCUUUUUUUUUUCUCUUUCAAAGUUAUGUUAAUUGUUCUUUAUAUUUGUUGUAGCAAUUUAAUUACUAUUUUUA